AUGUACCUCGCAACUCCCCAAGUUGAAACCGCUGCGGCAGCCGUAGUGGGCCCGAGUUGGGACUGCGGGCGGGAGCGGGAGAACCUGCGUGGGGGAUGGUUGACAUGGGAUGGAAAAUGA